GAGAAUGUGAAGACGAUUGCUACGAAAUGUCAAUCAUUUAUAUGGGCGGGGCUAACUGAGUCUAACCAAUCACAUAAACUUCCGCUGGCCGGCUAUAAGCUAACAACAACAUAGCAUUGCUACACACGGUAGCCCUAUACCAAGUCAGUUUAGCUUAACGUUAACUACAUUUAUCACCACCAACAUUCACAAUGUCGCAUUAAUUGUCCUAAUAUUUUCGGGUCUAUUAAAGAAAUUAAGUUUUACAUUUCCUUUAGUCUUCGGUCAAGGUUACCAUUCGCACUUGUUGGUGGACGUGUCGGAUAUAGCUGCUGUGCCUCUUAGUAAAGGCCAGAAAACCAAACGACUCAACAAAAACUAAAAUUUUCGUAUUUAAAUAACUGGUUAAUCCAUCCUCAACGUGUCACCUAACAUGAGGGGUUCUUAUGGUGACAGGGAGCGAGACCGUGGCCGUGACAGAGGCAGUUCGCGAUCCGGUAAAAAGUUUGGGAACCCGGGGGACCGUUUGCGGAAAAAGAGAUGGGACUUGGACGAGCUGCCCAAAUUUGAGAAGAACUUUUACAAUGAACACCCGGAAGUGCAGCGAAUGACCCAGUCUGAAAUGGAGGAGUACCGCAAGAAGAAGGAGAUCACCAUUCGUGGUUCGGGUUGCCCAAAGCCUGUCCUCAGCUUCCAGCAGGCACAGUUUCCCCAAUACGUGAUCGACGUACUGGUGCAGCAGAAUUUCAAAGAGCCCACAGCCAUCCAGGCCCAGGGGUUCCCUCUGGCCCUCAGUGGGAGGGACAUGGUGGGCAUCGCCCAGACCGGCUCCGGGAAGACCUUAGCGUACCUCCUGCCUGCCAUUGUGCACAUCAACCAUCAGCCCUACUUGGAGCGAGGAGACGGACCUGUUUGCUUGGUGCUGGCUCCCACCAGGGAGCUCGCUCAGCAGGUCCAGCAGGUGGCGUGCGAUUAUGGGAAGGCGUCCCGGAUCAAAAGCACCUGUGUGUACGGGGGUGCCCCUAAAGGACCCCAGAUCCGGGACUUGGAGAGAGGGGUGGAGAUCUGCAUUGCCACUCCGGGUCGUUUGAUUGACUUUCUUGAGGGGGGGAAGACGAACUUGCGGCGCUGCACAUACCUGGUUUUGGAUGAAGCCGACCGCAUGCUGGACAUGGGAUUCGAACCCCAGAUUCGCAAAAUUGUGGACCAGAUCAGGCCGGACAGGCAGACCCUGAUGUGGAGCGCCACGUGGCCCAAAGAGGUCCGCCAGCUGGCAGAGGACUUCCUGAGGGAUUACGUCCAAAUUAACAUUGGAGCACUGGAGCUCAGCGCCAACCACAACAUCCUUCAGAUUGUUGAUGUUUGUAUGGAGAACGAAAAGGACCAAAAAUUGAUCCAGCUGAUGGAAGAGAUCAUGGCCGAGAAGGAGAACAAAACCAUCAUCUUUGCUGAAACCAAGAGACGCUGUGAUGACCUCACGCGCCGGAUGAGACGCGACGGGUGGCCAGCGAUGUGUAUUCAUGGGGACAAGAGUCAGCCCGAGAGAGACUGGGUUUUGUCAGAGUUCCGUAGCGGCAAAGCUCCCAUCCUCAUUGCUACCGACGUGGCCUCCCGUGGUUUAGUCUCUCCUCCGGCAUCUAGAAGCACACAGGCCCUCGGGAGCCUGCAGCCGGACCUAGGCAUGACAAACCGAAAGCCGACUCGGGGAGAGAAAGCGGCCCGAUUAAUCACUGAAAAGCUAGAACACGGCCCGCUAACUAAACCCUCCCCCUCCCUGCGUCCAGGACACUGGUGACCUGGACACCGGGGUGAAGAAAUGGGGGGGGGCGGCACAGGCCUAAGAUGCUGCUGGGCUUCCAAAUUUGAGCAAGGGGUUGGGGGUGGGGGCGGCUGUCAGGUGAGAGGGCGAAGAGGGGUGUGGAGGAGGGUGGAGUCCCUUUGGCCCGCCAAGGUCACAGUCAUUCAUUCUAAUUUGACUUUUUUUGUAAAUUAAUUCACCAAAAUAUAUAUUUUUUAUCAGAAGAUGCAUUCCAAUACCCUUUAACAAGCCCUGGACAGUUCAAUCUGAACCUAAUUUAGACCGUGAAUACACAAACCAUAAGAAAAGACAUGGUGUGUUUACAAGAAGACAGAGACAACCCGCCAGGAAGUGAGGCUCCCCUCUGACCUGCCCCCCCGAUGCCAGCCCCCUGGUGCCAGCCCCCGACGCCCCCCUGCACUGGCUGUUCCGGCCGGCCCCUCCCUCUACGGACGUCAUGCUUGGUCCUGGCUGGCAGGAGUCCUGGCCUGGAGGGACCACCUCCGAUCAGUCUCUCUCUCUCUCUCAGCCUUUCUCAUUUCUCUACUCAGUUGUCUCCCUCUUGCACUUUUCCUAUCCCAAACGUGUCCUCCUUUCUCUCAUUUGUCCCUCUCUUAACCAUUCCCCCCCCCCAACCCUUGUCUUUCACGCUUUCUGCGUCUACACUCUUGCCCUAGAUUCAUCACCUUUGUUUUUUUUUCGUCUUUUUCAAUACAUCAUAUCAAGUAUCUUCCAAACCUGUCAGGAACCCACUGAACACGCCCACAUCUCGGCCCCUUUAGUCUAUUUUUAGUUACUUAAACUUGGGAAGCAUUUGGAACCCACCCAACCAAUGAAAGCUGAUUAGAAACGUCUCCCCGUCCCACUGACCCGCUGUCUGGUCAGAAGCAACACGUUUAAGAACACCUCAGUCGGUCCUUCUGAGGAGGAUCCGAAAAGCGCUUAUCACUGGCCUCCUCCAGCUAGAAACCACAUAGACCCAGCAGUUCUGAAGACAGUUGAGGCUAGAGUAGGACCGCAUGCCAGCCCACAGUCCAGCCUUGUCCAGAAAGGCUCCAGCUUUGGGAGUGUUGUGGAGGAGUGGCGAGGCGGGAGGAGGGACCGCUUUAGUCCCCCGCGCUCUCCUCGUCCCCCCGCAGACCUCCCAGGACUGGUGAUGGGUUUGGGGGGACAGAGGGGUCCCUCUGUUUAUCCUCACUAAGUCUCUGAUUCAGGGUGAGUACUGUCCCUAACACCCCCCCCCCCUUUUCCUUUCCCAUUUUCUCCCCCGUCAAGCUUCUCCAUCAUGCUUCCAAAACAACAAUGGUUUUUCCCUCUGAUCAGUUUUUCUGAGCCCCUGUAAUGAGAAACAGACCUCCAAUUUGAGAUAGUUGAGAUCAAGUUUGAAAUCACUAAUCAACUACUUGUGGUGUCUUUUUACACAAGAAUCUCAUCAGUGUUGGGGUCACUUUGUCCAAAUCUGUUUUUACAUCAACCAAAUUACCUAGAUUUUUUAUGAUUGAGUAUUAUAAUUUGGAUUUUAAUCAGUAUUCUUCAGCAGUGUAUUUGUGUUGAAAAGUGAAAGAUUCUUCUAGAAGGUGAUGUGAGUCUUACAGGUUAUCCCUGGCUUUAAAGCCAAAACUUAGAAUUCCCAAAAUAACUCAAUGAACUCAUUCAGUUCCCAUUCAGUUGGAUUUGUUUUGACUAACUCUCUUGUCUCCCCCCCCCCGCUCCCC